UAAAAACAUAACCUGUAAACCAUGUACUAGUGUCAAAAAUAUAUUUUUUUAAAGAGUUAAUUAAAAAUGUGUGAAAAAUAUUUACUCGUCGAAUACGUCAGUGCGAUAAACAAUGUGCUUAGUCAGACAUUCCAAUCGAUGCAACGGAUUAAGCUAACAUGCUUCGACGUAUCUAAUAAUUACAUUGUAUUUGGAGCGAGCAGUGGCGGCAUUUAUAUAUUCGCUCGAGAACCUUGCAGUUUUAUUAAACUCAUUCCCAGUAAGGAAGGUUCAGCAACUAAUAUUUUAAUUUCACCAAAUGAAAAGAAAAUUGCAAUAAGCAGUUCAAGGGGAUUGAUUUUAAUACUAGAGGAUAUUUUCGAAUUGAAUUAUCAAAUUUAUAAUGAACACGAAGGGAAUCUUAUUACAGCCUUAAAAUGGCACAAUGAGGGACUGUUUUGUGGUGAUAACACAGGAAAAAUUACUCUAACAACUGUCACAAAUAUAUUGGCAAAGGCAAUUUUUCAAUCAUCUUCAACACCCUUGAUGCAUUUGGACUCGGCAGUUGUUCAGAUAGACUGUUAUUCAAAAUACUUGCUCAUCUCAACCCAAACUAGAGUAUAUUUUUGUGAUACAGAGCGACAACAGUACAGACAAAUAGGAAAGAAGCUCAGGGAAGGAGCUUAUGGUGCAUGCUUCUUUAACCUUCACACUGGCACUGACAAAGAACCAAUUAUUUAUAACAAAGGUUUAUUCCAAACAUUGGCGGAGGACGAUAAUUUUUGCAGCACCAACACAAAUGUACAAAUUUAUUGUGCCAGACCAGGUGCGAGAUUAUGGGAGGCGAAUUUCGAGGCUGUUGUCUUGAAAACGCACCAGUUUAGGAGUUCGUUGAGUCAAGCCCCGUCGGAAUUAAUACACAUUAACGAUAGUUCAAAUGAAAGAUUGAAUAUAUCCGACAGUACAAACGUUGAAAGUAUUAUUGAAAACUUUAAUUUUGGAAAGCUUUUGAAUGUUUUAAAUAAGUUUAUUUUAACAUAUGAUAAACGUGGUAUAUUUGUAUUUGAUCCUGCUUGCAGCAGUCUAGUCUUUUGGACCAAUUCAUUUAACAAUAUAAGAGAUAUAAGAAUCGUUAAUAGUCUGUUGUACAUAUGGAGCAACAAAUUACAAAUUAAUGUUUUAUCAUUAGUCACAUUAGAAGAAAUAGUAUUAAAGACAUUGUUGAGAAAACAGUAUUAUUUAUGUGCUGAUCUAUGUCUGCAUUAUUCCAAAGAACUCAAUGAUUUAAUUGAGUCUUCAAAUAAAUUAUAUUUAAUCACAUCACUUAAAGCCAAACUAUUGGAAUUCGAAGAACUGGAAUUGUUGCAAAGAAUAGAGCCUACAUUGAAUAAAAUUAAGGAACUUUCACAAAGCAGGCAAAAAUCUAGAAAAUUAAACAAUGGAAUUGUUGUAAUAGAUAAUGCUUAUAAGAAACAUGCUGAUUUAAUACCAGAAUCAGUUCAAAAUUUUACUCCAAAAGCUUCUAGUUCCAAAGAACCCACUGAUGACAAUAUCCAGGUGUAUACCAUGUAUAAACAAUAUAAACUUCAUGAGACACACAAGAACAUUGACAUUCCUGAUUUUUGCAAACUGUUUGAGUCUGAUGCAGUAUAUUAUACAAUUGUGAAAUUUGUACAAUAUAUGGUAGAAGAGCAUAAUUUGGAUGUUAAGGCUUGGUGUGAAGAACAGAGCCUCAAACAAAUAAGUAAACGAUGUAAAAUGUUGGAAUGUCCGAAAUUAAAAGAGUUUCUCCUAGAAGCAUUUUUCAAUGUAAAUAAAACAGAAUUAAAAGAUUUAGUUUGUGAAUGUGGUUUUCCCUUACCAAAUCUUCAUAACAAAGAGCCAAAGUUUUAUUCCUUGGGCAUAAAUUUAUUGGAAUGUGAUAUCAAUGAUAAUAUAAAAAGGCUUCCUUACCUAUAUAAAGAAAGACUUAUGAAACUGAAAGACUUGAAUGAGAUAUUAGACAAUCUAGUUUUGUUAAUACAAUUCAGCGACGUUCAUAUAUUUAAAUUAUAUUUGAAUAAAUUCACUUACGAUAUAUGGGACGAAACUGUCAAACAUUUAAUCAAUUUAAAGAAAGGGUCAUGUCUUAACUGCUCGCAAAGGAUUGAAGUUACCGAAUCACUUUCUUGGACUCAACUGGGUUUAGUAAUUGUACAAUCAAUUGGUGCGCAAAACACUACGAAACUGUUUAAAAGAUAUGCCCAGUACAUACCUAAAGGUGAACUAGACAAUAAGUUUUAUCAGGCGUGCAUCUUCGCAACUGUUGCCGACUUGACACCGCAGAAACAGACUGGUGUUAGUUUUUUGGAUGAAGUGCUCAACAGCAACUCAUCUUGUGAGUUCGAAAAAUACAUGCAGUCGUAUUUGAAAAACAAGUACUUGGGCAAAUAUAGUGAUUCCAUGCCCAGUUACUCUUCCUUAAAGGUUCCUAGCUGCGGUUUUUGUAAUCUACCAAUGGAUACGCCGAUUAUAAACGACCCCACUAGAUUACCCUGUGGUCAUUUUUUCCAUACAUUAUGUGUAAAUCAUAAUAACAAUUUGUGUUUUGUGUGCAAUAAAGGUACAAACUGAAAUGGUUAUGAAUAAAUGUUU